UUAUUAUUAUAAAUUAUAAUAAAAUAUUUGUGUUUUAUAAUACAAGUCAAGUCACGAGUUACGAAUUAACUCAAAAUAAUUAUUCAGUUAAGAUUUAAAUAAAGACAGAUUGAAUUAAUCGAAUAUUAUCCGAAAUCGCCAUCGAAUUAUUUUGAUGUCAAAGAUGAAUGUUGUUAGUGUUUAUAUUAUUUAAUUUACAGUGUAUUUUUUACAUAAUAUAUCGCUUCGAAUUUCUUGGAUACUAUUGUUUUUAAAAACAUUAAAUAGUGUUGUUCUGAACGGUUUUAUUUUGUGACUCAGCAUACAGUUUAAUGGUCGAUGUCAUUUUUGGAUGAACGAUGGACUGUGUUGAUAUACAGGUGAAUAAUUAGUACUACAGGUUGACACAACUAAUAAAUUUAGAUCGGGUUAAUGUAUAACAAAAUCAUAUAAAAUCUGUGCCAACUCUAAUUUACUGUAAUGGGAGAUUAUUACCAACAUUUUCUAAAUAAUCAUAAUAAUAUUGACCACAUACUCGAACUGAGAUGUCCAGGUUACUAUUGCGGUCGACGAGAUUUGGGCAAUGGACGUACGAGCGAUUGUGGCUCAUGUCCAUCUGGUACAAAAGUAAAUUCAUUUCAUAUUUGUCAACCAUGCACAGAUUCACCAUCGCCAUAUGAUUAUAUGUAUCUCCUAUUCAUGGCAACUGUGCCUUUAUUAUUCCAUGCUGUGUACAUAGAUCUGUCUUUGUCAUCAAUAUUGUGGGCUUUCAAAGGAAAAAAUGGAAAUUCUCAGAAAAAAACCAAAACAAAAAUUGUCUUAAAUAUAUCUGCAAUAUUGGAAAUAUUUAUUGCAGCGGCUUUAGCAGUUCUAGUUGUUGAUCCUGUUGGACAACUAAAGAUUCAAUCAUGUCGUACACAAUGGCUAUCUGAUUGGUAUACAGUUUUGUAUAAUCCAACCCCAGAUUACCGUGAAUCAUUAAGAUGCACUCAAGAAGCUGUGUAUCCAUUAUAUUCGAUGAUUUUUAUUUUUUAUUUAGCUUGUAUAAUUGUUUUGCUCACAAUACGACCUUUGCUCUCUGCUUAUUUCAGUCUUAACAGAGGGGCCUAUUUAAAAACUAUAUAUGCUGGACUAUAUUUUUUUCCUAUAGCAGCUUUAAUUCAUGCGUUCCUAGGAGGUAUUGUUUAUGUUACUUUUCCUUAUAUUGUUAUUGUUGUUUCUGUGAUAUCUAGUGCAAUUCAUUUUGCUACGGAAAUAAAUCAGUCUGCAAAGCAUUUAAUCGUGAAUACUGUAUGUGUGCCAAGAAACAUACUGAUUGUAGCUGUACAUUGGGUCAGUCAUGGAUUUGGUAUUGUUGCCAUAACUCAAUUGGAAAAUCCACCACUUGACUAUGCUUUAUUGUUACUCAUUCCUUUACCAACUCUUUUCUAUAUAGCAACUACACGCAUAAGUGAACCAUCAAAAAUAAUUGUGUUGUAUUGUAAUUAGUGAGUUAUUUGUUUCAAAUUUAAAAAAAAAAAAAAAAUUAACAA